GGAGGAAGUGACGCGCUCGGGGCGGGUGGCCAUCCGGACGCAGAGAAACAUGUCGGCUGUGUGCAGGCUAGUGCCUGUCAUUCGCGCUGGAGGGUCUCUCUUAAGAGGUGGCCGCGUGCGGGCGGCUGGAGGCAGCGGCGUCCGUUACGCUGGCGGCGACGUACACAUCGAGCCCCGGUACAGACAGUUUCCCCAGCUGACCAAAGGCCAGGUGAUCAGGGCGGAGCUGUUCAGCGCAACCAUGUGGUUCUGGAUUCUCUGGCGUUUUUGGCAUGACUCCGAUGCUGUGUUGGGUCACUUUCCAUAUCCAGACCCUUCCCAGUGGACAGAUGAAGAAUUAGGGAUCCUUCCUGAUGAUGAAGACUGAAUAUGUGGACUCAGUUCCUCAUAGGAGCCAGCUGAGAGUUCCAAACAAUUGCGGACUUCAUAUUGCACAUUAAACUUAAAGUGGUUUGAUCACAAACAAGGA